AUGGAUAUGACAAGGGGGAGCUUGGAUAAAAUUUCACAGCCUGCAUGUAGCUCAAGAGCUUACCCCAGCUGCAGGCAUUUAAGUGUCUCUCUGGAGUUACUGGCACCAGAACCUUUUUUGCCAAAGGUUGAUUCAUCUGUCAGUUUGGGUGUUAGUCUUCAAAGAAGCUUGGAAGACUGCUGUCUAGAAGAAAACAAAGGUGAUGGUGGGGAGACCUGUGAUAUCAAGGAAGUAGAGAGCAUGACUGUUUUUCAGGAGUGUGUGCUGAGUCCCAGAUAUGUCUCUAACUCAGAUUCUGGAGAUGAGACACAGACUUCAGUAUUUUGUGAACCUUCCCAAGGAAAAAUAAGUAAUGCAAAAGAAGCAAACUCUUCCAAGUUAUUGGAUUCUGAAGAGGCAGAAGGAGAUCCUCAGAUUCAAGCAGCUAUAAGGAAAAUGAAUAAGCUUGACACAAUACUGGCAAAAAGACAUGUUAAAGAGAGAGCAGUUAAAAAACAAGGCAAGGAAAUGAGAGCAAAGCUCUGGGAAGAACUUAAGUCUGUCAGUACCAUGGGAAUCCAUGAGGAGAUAGAAAACACAAAACUCUUCUUAACUUUGAUCUCAUCGUGGCAGGAUACAACUGAUCCCUCUCAUGUUAAACAGGAUGAAACACACGCGUUGCUAUUUCACUCACAAAUUAGUCCAGAAGAUUAUGCCUUCCAUAAAACCCAGCAUAAUAAGGAUUAUCCAAGUGAAAUUGAAACAAACAAAUUCCUGAAUCAAGCAGAAAAAACAACACAGAAUAAAAGUAAAAGCAGUCAGCAUUUCAUUAAAAAGAAUGUAGAGCUAGCAAAGGAUUCAGGAAAACAGGUACCUAUGCUUGAAGGAGAAAGGAAAAGGUUAAUUGUACUCUUGAAAGAUACAGAAGAUGAAAGUACACUGCAAGAUCUUGAGGACAAUGUAUGCGGCUGGCUAGCACCAGGAGAAGGGUACACACCUGAACCAAUGGAAUUUCAUCACCUAAAUGAGAUAGACAGGAAGCUUCAAAUACUACUGUCUAAUGGUGAUUAUUCUACAAUUUCCAGGUCUUGCUCAAAUCCUCCAAGCCAGAUUUAUCAGGAGUCUCUGGUUUAUGCAAACAGAAACCUAGAAGUAAUUCCAGGUGAAAAGGUUCUACGAGACAAUAAAGAAUAUCGUGAUCAACAAAACCGUCUGAAAGAAAUAGAUCAUCAGCUGAAAUCUUUAGAGAGAAAUUUUAUUGAAGAGAAAACGGGCCUCUCUGAAGAGCAGCUUAAAACCCUUCUGGAAGAAUGUAUGCAGCCUCAGAGAACAAUAAGCAACGUUUCCAUGCCAGAGUCUCAGGAAUCUCUUUCUUGUGGAUUAAGUCCCCCUUGUUACACAAGUCAAGACUCCAUUCUUCACUCCACAUCUACUCUUUCCAAAAUGUUAGUUGAAGGCCAUAUUGUAGGGAUGUUAACAGCUCUGGAAAAGGCUGGACUUGAAGACAAAAGCUUAUGUGUUAAUGCUGAGAGUGAAAUCCCUAGCUACUAUAUCGGCAAAGCAUUGGCUGAUAGUCACUUAUCAAAGGAUUCACUGGCCCAAACAGAGGAACCUGAUGACCUAGAAGGUUUACAGAAGAUGAGAGAUAAGAGUAUUACUGAAGGUUACUUUAUGUCAAGAGCACUCAACACUGAAAGGCUGAAGAAACCUUCUUUCUUGGGUGAACCAUUAUACUGCAUCAGCAUGAACAAUGAGCCAUCCACAGAGCCUGACAUUCUCAGCAUACCACUGCAAACCAAAGGAGAUGAUACGAAGAUUGAAAGUUGAGGAGAAAGUGACCAUUUGCUUCAGUACACAGCUUUUCUAAAUUUGUCAUUAGACUUCCAC